UCGUUGACUCCCGAAGACUGGGAACAGGAGAAGAACCGAUCGGUGAUCUACCAGAGAGUGGAUCACAUCAACCAAACCGUUGAUAAACUCAAUCGUCUGAAGAAUAUAACCGACAAAAUAAGACAAACUUAUGAACCGAUUGUCCAACGAUUGGGAAGUCGUUUGAGUGAAGUAUUGAUGGAAAUUGAUUUACCAAAUGAUUGCAUGAGAUCUUUGAUAACAAUUAUGACGGGAAUCAAAGACGGGAAACAAUGGGUCAAACCGUUUUUAUUUUUUAUUAUGGACACUCUUAUGAUACCGGAAUCGGGAAUUAUAACGCAUAAGAAACCGCAUAUCGGGUACGACGAGUGCCUUCAGAUUCAAAGUUCGAGUGCACCCAAUAUACUGGAGUUUAGCGGUCAGUACUGUUGGCUCGGGGCGCCUACUAUAGUGCCCAAUGAACGCACAUACGAUGAAUUGAGUGCAUUGCACUUUUGCCAAUACAUUUACUAUGGAUAUGCCAAUGGGUUUAUGUCUGCCCACAACAUGUCGGCCACAGGAUAUCGAAUGGAUAUUUGGUUCAUUAAUUGUAUUGACAAUACUAUCGACUUUAUACUACUGUUUGGCCCGAUAUAUAUGGAAAUCACACAAAUCGGGAUCAAUUUCCGUUCCGCCAACAAUGGGCGCUAUUUUAUUGAUAUUUCUCUAUCCACUAGUUGGCAGCGGUAUAUUUCAUCGGACUAUCAGCUUUACAUAUUGGCACCGAUUGUAUUCCUUGUACUAUUCCGUUGGCCACGGAUUGGUUUGCUGUGGAAUAUUGUGGUUAUACUAAUUGGUAUAUUCAUAGGCGUUGCGCCCCGAGUAUUGUUUGAUAUAAAACACUAUUUCGAGUAUCAAUUCGACACUUUAUGGAGUACUCAAAACAGUGUUAUAUUGUAUUACUGGCGACCGGACUCACACGUUGUCAGCUAUGCUAUCGGUAUUCUCUGCGGUUAUCUGAUCCGCGAAAAGCCUAACCUAUAUCUCGGCGGUCGAGUCGGCGAAGUAUUUCUGUGGAUCAGUUGCACGACCAGUACAAUGCUGUCCAUAUAUUGGGAUUUAUCCCUUCAUCGCGGCUAUCGUUUGAAGUUUGUU